AGGUAGUUAGCUUUUAUUAGGUUUUAGUUAUCGCUGGUGAAGUGUCCACGGAAACUGUGAGCUUCGCCCACCCUUGAGAGGAAAAGCAGAAACAAAUCCAAAAACAAAACGCAUAAAGGAGUAUUAUCACAUUGACAACCAUGACUGACUAUGUACAGGAGCAGGAGAUGGAAAUUGAAGCACUGGAAGCAAUACUAAUGGAUGAAUUCAAAGAAAUUCACUCCGGUGAGAGUGGGCUAAGCACUUCGAAUAGAUGCUUCCAAAUAACAUUAUCUCCUCAGGAUGAUGACACAGAUCAGUCAACCACACCAGUUCAGCUGGCUUUGAUUUUCUCGCAUACAGAAAAGUAUCCAGAUGAGCCUCCACUUUUGAAUGUAAAAAGUAUACGGGGAAUACAAACCAGUGACCUGAAAGUUGUGAAAGAAAAGCUUGAACAGGAGGCAUCUGAAAACCUUGGAAUGGCUAUGAUUUACACUUUGGUUACAUCAGCCAAGGAAUGGCUAUCUGAAAGAUAUGGCCAAGAUGCUGAUGCUGACAAUGCUGAAGAAGAAGAGGCAACAAAAGAUGAGGUAAUUGUACCGCAUGGAGAACCUGUUACUGUUGAUACAUUUUUGGCAUGGAGGGAAAGGUUUGAGGCAGAGUUGGCACUAGAGCGAGCCAAGCUAAUGCCCGAGUCUGCUCUCACAGCACCCAAGGAAAAGAAGCUCACAGGCAGGCAGUGGUUUGAAAGUGGAAGAGCCACAGCGAAAGGUGCAGCUCCAGUCAAUGAAGGAUCUGAUGAGGAAGACGAGGAAGAUAUUGAUUUUGAUGAUGAUGAUUUUGAAGAUGAUGAAGAAGAUAUGCUUGAGCACUAUUUGGCUGAGAAGUCUGAUUCAUCCUCUCACUCUUCGAAGAGAACUGCCUAAUAGAAAGUUGAAAAUUAAAUAUUUUUGAUGGAGCACUUCCUAGCAUUGGAAGCAUACUGUCUCUCAUAAUAUACCUUUCCUAUGUAUUUUGUCCCACUUUAUCUCUUGACAGAAAGUGGGAGACGUAGUUUGAUGAUUAGAAACUUCCUAUGAUUUAUUCAAGUAUAGUAGCAAGGAUGGAAUUCAUUGAAGGAAACCAUUUCUGUUGUAACAUUGAGUUUCUGUGUUUUUAAGCACCAUCUCUAAUGUAAAAUUCACGAAAUUUUGCCCAAUAUUUAAAAAGCAACACAAAUUUCAUGUCUUCUAA